UAUGUUUAUUAAUAUGGUUAAAAAUCAAUUUGGAUUGCAGGUCAAACAAGUGCGCUUAGAUAACGGGCAGGAAUUUCUCUCUAAUUCUAUGCAGGCUUUCUUUCUUGAGCAAGGGAUAAUACAUCAAACUUCUUGUGUACAUACUCCUCAACAGAAUGGAGUUGUUGAGAGAAAGCAUCGACAUCUCUUGAAUGUUGCUCGAGCUUUACGUUUUCAAGCAAAUUUGCCAAUAUCUUUUUGGGGAGAAUGUGCUCUCACCGCAGCCUACCUAAUUAAUUACACUCCUACUCCAUUGCUUGAUGGUAAGACACCAUACGAACUUCUCUUUGGUAAGUCACCCACCUAUUCUCAUCUUAAGGUAUUUGGUUGCCUUUGCUAUGCUCGCCAAUCACCAUUGCCUAGUGACAAAUUUUCCUCUCGGUCUACAAAGUGUGUUUUCAUUGGCUACCCUCACGGUAAGAAAGGAUAUCGGGUCUUUGACCUUGAUACCAAACAAAUAUUUGUAUCUCGUGACAUUAUUUUCUAUGAAAAUAUUUUCCCAUUUCAGGAUGAAGGGAACCGUCUUAUUAAUGAAAAGGCUCCGAUAGCUAGUCCUUCGCCAUCAUACUAUGAUGAGGACAUUGAGACCAUUCCAAAUACAAAUUUGGAUAGCCACUUGAAGAAGACAUCCAUGCAAAAUGCAAAAUCAAGUGAUGAUGAUACAAGUAAUGGAGGCAUACAAGCCGUUGAUCAUGCACCAAAUGUUCCAGCCACUAAUGGUGCAACUUCUCCAAAUGCAAAUGAAUUGCACUCCAGCAAGGAUGCCACUAAUUUAGGCAUAGAUACCACAUUGACACGCUCUGACAAUCGAAAGCCUGAUGAUGUGCACAAGUCUCAUUUUGAGUCAAUAUCCGAUGGAGCCCAUAAAGCAGAUGCAACUAUCCAACACAGAUCGAAUGAACAUUAUAGGGCAAAAGACAAUGAUAUCACAAAUACUACUAAUUCUCACCAGGAAACAACAAGACCCCAACCUGCCAUCUCCAAUGAAGAUGAGCCGAAAUCUUUUUCUCAGGCCAUUCAAAAUCCAAAGUGGAGACAAGCAAUGGAAGAUGAAAUUGCGGCUCUUGAAAAAAAUCAUACUUGGACCUUGGAACCUCUUCCUCCCGAUAAACAACCCAUAGGUUGCAAAUGGGUAUACAAAAUAAAAUACAAAGCUGAUGGCACCAUUGAAAGAUAUAAGGCCCGUCUAGUAGCAAAGGGUUUUACACAAGUUGAGGGACUUGAUUAUCAUGAUACUUUCGCCCCUGUGGCCAAGCUAGUUAUAGUAAGAUGUCUUUUAGCAGUGGCCUCAAUUCGAAAUUGGGAAUUACAUCAACUUGACGUGCACAAUGCCUUCCUUCAUGGUGAUCUUGAUGAAGAAGUAUAUAUGCAACUACCACCUGGAUAUGGCAACAAAGGAGAACAACGAGUAUGUCACUUGAGAAAAUCCCUCUAUGGACUCAAGCAAGCAUCAAGAAAUUGGUUUGCAAAAUUUACCUCUGCUUUACAUUCCUUUGGUUUUCAGCAAUCAUUAUGUGAUUAUUCUUUGUUUACUUACCGACAAGGAAACAAUUUCCUUGCGGUUCUCGUCUAUGUUGAUGAUUUAAUCAUUGCAGGAAACAAUUCUACACUUUGUCAGCAUUUGAAAGACUUUCUCAAUUCUCAAUUUCACAUCAAGGACCUUGGAAGGUUAAAGUACUUCCUCGGCAUUGAAGUUGCUCGCCAUCCUUCGGGGAUCUUUCUUUGCCAAAGAAAAUACACCCUCGACAUCUUAUUUGAAUCUGGGAUGCUAGGUGCUAAACCUGUUUCUUUUCCAAUGGAGCAAAAGCUCAAGCUCACUCUUGAUGGUGGUUCCCCACUCCCAAACCCCAUGCAAUAUAGACGACUUGUUGGGCGACUCAUAUAUUUGACCAUUACUCGCCCAGAAAUAUCUUUUUCUGUUCACAUACUUAGUCAAUUCAUGCAAGCUCCAACCCAGCUCCAUCUUGAUGCAGCAAUGAGAGUACUUCGCUACUUAAAGUCUUCGCCAGGGCAAGGCAUUUUUUUAUCUUCUUCAAGCUCACUGCAACUCUCUGGUUUUUGUGAUUCUGAUUGGGCUAGUUGCCCCACCACUAGAAGAUCCACAACUGGUUAUGUCACAAUGUUAGGGACAUCUCCAAUUUCUUGGAAAACUAAGAAACAAUCCACAGUCUCUCGUUCAUCGGCUGAAGCGGAGUAUAGGGCCAUGGCAUCCAUUGUUAGUGAACUUCUAUGGCUCAAAGCCUUAUUGCACACUUUAGGAGUUGAUCAUUCAAAGCCUAUGAAACUAUAUUGUGAUAACCAAGCAGCCCUUCACAUUGCAUCCAAUCCAGUCUUCCAUGAACGAACAAAGCACAUUGAAUUGGAUUGUCACUUUAUUCGUCAUUGGAUACAAUCACGUGCAAUCACUCCUUGUCAUAUUCCCUCCAAAUCUCAACCUGCAGAUAUAUUCACAAAGGCUCUUGGAGGAGACCAAUUUCAACUUCUUCUUCGCAAGUUGGGCAUUUCAAAUUUGCAUGCUCCAACUUGAAGGGGGGUGUUAGAUUUCAUAGAAUUAUUGAUUAGUUGUCCUGUGAUCAAGGCUAAUCCCUUGAAUCACGUCAGUAGCAUUUUUCUUUCCUUUAUUUCUUUU